AUGAGCUUUCCCAACGUCUACACGCACCGCAAGGUGGCGGAGGGGUCGGCCAAGGGCUGCGAAAUUUGCUACAAGCCGAGUACGAGCGUCUUGAUUACGCCAGAGAAUAAGGACUUCUUUUACAUUUGCCCAAGCCACUUGAAGGACCGGGGGUUCUGCACGCCGAUUGUGGACAAGGCAGCAGAGGAGGCCAAGAAGAAAAAGGCGGCAGAAGAGAAGGAGGCCGAGAUCAAGGCGGAGAUGGAGCGUGUCAAGAAGGAGUAUGAGGAGAAGCAGAAGAAGAAGAAGGACAAGAAAGGGAAGAAGGACGAGAAAGACAAGGAAGACAAGGAAGACAAGAAGGACGGCAAGGAGAAAGAAAAGGACGAGAAAGACAAAGCAGACGACAAAGACAAGGACAGCAAAGACGACAAGGACAAGGACGAGAAAGAAGAGUCACCCGCCAGCGACCAGCCACGCGUGUUUGCCCUAAACAGACACAUCUAUCAACAACGGUUCGAGAGGAAACGGCAGGCCGAAAUUGCCAGGCGCAACCGGGAACGGCUGGCGAAUCCGUCCUUUUUCCCGUCGGUUCCGAAGGGCCUACCAUAA